GAGAAAAAAGGUAAUGAAAUUAGUUGUGCCGAUGUGCCGAGAAAAAAGGAAGAAGAUGAAGAUGAUGGUGACGAUGGACAGCAGGAGGAGAAGGAAGAUGAUCGUCUGCCAGGCAAUGUGCAUUUUGAGGGAAACAUCGAAGUUCAAGAAAGGAUGCAAGCUCCACGUAUAAUGGAAACGAAACUUGAUGAUUAG